AUGUUCACGAUCGGUCAAGCGCCCAACGACGCGGUCGUGUUCCUCGAGAAGGACCAUCUCGACCGCGAGACGCUCAAGCAGAUCGAAGCCAUCGCGGCCCAUGCCUCGGUCGCACACGCGCGCAUCAUGCCGGACGCCCACAAAGGCAACGGGUGCUGCGUCGGCUUUACGUGUCACUUGACGCCAACGGUCUUGCCGGGACUCAUUGGUGGUGACAUUGGCUGCGGCGUCGCGCUGCACCCGCUGCCGUCGUCUGCGAUCGUCAAGAAGCAGUCGCUCGCGCGCCUCGAUCGCAUCAUCCAGGAGGUCGUGCCCAUGGGCAAUGGCCACGACCGCGUGCAUGCAACGCCGGUGAUUGCGCCGGCGCAGUACGCUCCGUUCUUUGCCCAGGCGCAGGUCGACGCCGUCGCGUUCGUUGACGCCUUUGGCGCCAAGUUUCAGCUCGACCUGACGCCGCACAUGCCCACGUACAACGACGCAUACUUGCGCGAUCUCUGCGCUCGGACGCGGUCCGACUACGACUACGACCUUUGCGCGCUCGGCACCUUGGGCGGCGGCAACCACUUUAUUGAAGUCAACGUCUGCGAGGCGACCGAGGACGUGUACGUGGCCGUGCACACGGGAUCCCGCAACAUUGGCCAAAAGAUUGCGCGGUACCAUUACGAGCAAGCGGCGGGUGGUGACGCGCCGCAACAAACGCUGGGGCAAAGUGACGACGACGUCACGGGCGUCCAGCCGCAACGUGGCGCGCUGGCGGGUGCCGCGGCCGCGGCAUAUUUUUUCGACAUGAUUUGGGCGCAGACGUAUGCGCGCAUGAACCGCCGCGCCAUCUUGUCGCUCGUGCUCGCGCAUGCGACGACAGCGACCUAUGACGCGACGCGCGUCAUCGAGUCGACGCACAACUACAUCGAUUUCCGCGACCUCGUCGUGCGCAAGGGCGCGAUUCGGUGCCACGCCAACGAGCUCUGUGUCGUGGCACUCAACAUGCGCGACGGAAUCCUUCUCUGUCGCGGGCGCGGCAACGCAGCGUGGAAUUACUCGGGCCCGCAUGGCUGCGGGCGGCUGCGGGCUCGCAAGCGCGCGGGGGCCGCACAGAAAGGGCAUGGCGUCGCGGCCGCCAUGCGCGGCUUUGUCGCCGAGAUGGGCGACGUCUAUUCGACGUGUGUCGUGCCAGCCACGCUCGAUGAACGCCCGUCGGCGUACCGAGACGCAGAUCUGAUCUCGUCGGCGCUUGCGCCCACCGCAGACAUCGUGGCUCAUGCAAGGACCGUGCUCAACGUCAAAGGCCACUAG